AUGGCCAACCCUAUCAACACCUACGGCUUCACAGCCCCUAUUUACCCCCAUCCGCCGCACCAAUUCCCAUCCUCGUCUCCGACACUCCAAUCCCCAAUACCCCCACUCGGAACUCGCAUCAACGCCUACGCCAAGGCCCACCUGCCAACGCCAACGUACAAUCACUCCCUGCGCGUGUACCACUUCGGACUGGCGAUUAAACGGCACCGCUUCCCUUUCCCGGAUUGGGACUUUUCGGACGAGACCUACUUCUUGGCUUGUGCGUUGCAUGAUAUCGGGACUACGGAUGAGAACAUCCAGUCUACGCGCUUGAGCUUUGAGUUUUCGGGCGGGUAUCUGGCGCUGGAUGUAUUGCAGAACAAGUCCGGCCAGAAUCAGACAUCCACCGACGGGGCAACGGCCGUUGCACCGCGCGAUCAAGCGGAGAGCGUUGCGGAGGCGAUCAUCCGGCAUCAGGAUCUGUGUACCGUUGGCAAAAUUACCGCGGUAGGACAGCUGUUGCAGCUGGCGACGAUCUUUGACAACACCGGUGCAUAUGCCGAUUUGGUCCACCCGGACACUAUCAAGGACGUUUCAGCGCAUUUCCCACGGCUCCAUUGGAGCGAUUGCUUUGCGGCGACAAUUCAUCGGGAGAACGGGCUGAAACCUUGGGCUCAUACUACGGCUUUGGGAGAGGAGGAGUUCCCUGCCAAGGUUUUGGGGAACACGUUGAUGCAGCCGUAUGAAUAA